CUAACAUGGAUAUUUCGGUAAGGUUUCCUUUCAUAUAUGAUCUAUUCAUCAAUAAUUAUGUAAUAUAUGAAGUAGACCCAAUCAAUAUUAAGAUAGACAUUUCAAAAUAAUUUGGCACCAACCAUUAUUGAGAUGGAAUAAUGAAUAAAGUCACUGAUGUCAUUACAAUUGACAUAAUUGAAAAGUGUUAUAAAAUAACUAAUUAAUUUACCUAGAUUAAAUAAAAUCAUACAGCUUAAGCUAAAGUAUUAAUUAAUACUUGUAUUAUUGAUGAGAAUAUAGCAGCAGAAAUCAUUAAUAUUAUUCCACUCAACUAAGUCUCUACUUGA